GAAAGCGGUUGCCAGGUGGAAGCGGACUCGCCGUCUCUGAUUGGAGGAAGCUGCGGUCACGUGGUCAGGCCCCUUCUCGCCUCUUUAGCUGGAGCCGGUUGUCUUUUGUCUCGGGGGCGCCCCAUGUACGUGGUGGACAGGCUGACCGUAUGGAAGAUUAGCCGCCCCAUGUGUUCACCGCCUCUAUCCAUACAUAACGGUGGGCUCCGCUGCUUUCCAUAAGAGGAGGCACUAGUGGGAUAUGACUCUAACUCCAGACCUAUCUUCUGGGACUGAACUGUAGCGUCACCAUUUCACAUUCCCACAACCAAGAUGGAGUUUGAAUUUGACAUACACAAGAUCUUCCUGGAGCCAAUCAGCAAGCUGGACAGCAGCCUGCUCCCACAACGGCGGCCUAUUGUCUCCAACUCUGAGGCCCAGAGACAAAUCACAGCGGUCAUAGAUGAGAUUGGGAAGGCGUCCGCGAAGGCCCAGCGAUUACCUGCUCCCAUAACCAGCGCGUCUCGGAUGAAAACAAAUCAGCAUCAUCUCUACAUCUUAAAGGACUGCGCCCCAAAAACGGCCGGCCGGGGAGUUGUGAUCGGUUUCCUCAAGGUCGGAUAUAAGAAGUUAUUUGUACUGGACCGCUCCGGAUCCCAUAUAGAAGCAGAGCCGCUGUGUAUUCUGGAUUUCUACAUUCAUGAAUCCCUCCAGCGUCACGGAUUUGGGAAGGAAAUAUUCACCUUCAUGCUCAGAACUGAGCAGGUUGAGCCCCAGCAUCUUGCCAUUGACCGACCGUCUGAGAAGUUCCUUUCCUUCCUGCGGAAACAUUACAACCUUCACUCCACUAUCCCGCAGGUUAACAAUUUUGUCGUCUUUGAAGGUUUUUUUAGAGACCGGAAAGCCCCUGGAAGGAAAAUGCCUCCCAAGCGAGCGGAAGGAGAGAUCAAGCCGUACUCCCUGUCUGAGAGAGACUUUUUGAAACAUGAGGAAGGCCUUCCUUGGCCCUUCAGCCAGGCGCAGUCAUCUCUUAGCCGUGCCAGCAGUCUUGGUUCUUCUCCCACGCGGGCCUGCUCCAGACACAUUCCUGGAGAAGAGGACUUUGUGAAGUCGCUCAGAACUUGUAGACCUCACUCCCUCCAGAGAGCGGCCAGCGGUGAACAGGAGGAUCCUUCCCAGAGGAGAAGGACCAGCGAUAUGAACCUCUCCCGCGGACUCAUGGCUCAGAGGAACUGCUACAGCCGCCACACGUGUCCCUCUCCUCCGCUUCUGAAAAGGGCGCCACCUACAGUGGACACUAAAGAAGAGCAAAAAGAAGCAGGAGAAAGGGGUCACAGAGGAGCGACUGGAGACGACCUCGUAACCAGGAAUAAUCAGCCAGACAAAGCAGUAAAAAGUCCAAUAAAAGUCCUGGAGCAGACUCAACCCUACAGCCCCGAUGACUUCAAGGAGAAACCAUCAUGGACUGUGCUGGGGACAGUCAUGAACGCACAGUGGGUGAAGCGGAAGCAGGAGAUGCGGGGAACACGCCCAUGGUGACAGAGGGCACCCCGGAGGAUAAAACGUGGCACGGACACUUUUAUUAUAAAUUCAUAUUUUAUAGCAGAAUAAACCAUUUUUUUAUCAUU